AUGGCGACCUCAUCCACUAAAUGGCGACCUCAUCCAAUAAAUGGCGACCUUACCUACCUAUACACUGAGCCAUAUCCAAUAAAUGGCGACCAUUCCCAGCCGUACACUGAGCCUCAUCCAAUAAAUGGCGACCAUUCCCAGCCGUACACUGAGCCUCAUCCAAUAAAUGGCGACCAUUCCCAGCCAUACACUGAGCAUUAUUCACUAAAUGGCGACCAUUCCCAGCCAUACACUGAGCCUUAUCCACUAAAUGGCGACCAUUCCCAGCCAUACACUGAGCCUUAUCCACUAAAUGGCGACCAUUCCCAGCCAUACACUGAGCCUUAUCCACUAAAUGGCGACCAUUCCCUGCUAUACACUGAGCCUUAUUCACUAAAUGGCGACCAUUCCCAGCUAUACACUGAGCCUUAUUCACUAAAUGGCGACCAUUCCCAGCCAUACACUGAGCCUUAUCCACUAAAUGGCGACCAUUCCCAGCCAUACACUGAGCCUUAUCCGCUAAAUGGCGACCAUUCCCUGCUAUACACUGAGCCUUAUUCACUAAAUGGCGACCAUUCCCUGCUAUACACUGAGCCUUAUUCAGUAAAUGGCGACCAUUCCCUGCUAUACACUGAGCCUUAUCCAAUAAAUGGCGACCAUCCCCAGCUAUACACUGAGCCUUAUCUGCUAAAUGGCGACCAUUCCCAGCUAUACACUGAGCCUUAUUCUGUAAAUGGCGACCAUUCCCUGCUAUACGCUGAGCAUUAUUCAAUAAAUGGCGCCCAUUCCCUGCUAUACACUGAGCCUUAUCCACUAAAUGGCAACCAUUCCCUGCUAUACACUGAGCAUUAUUCGCUAUAUGGCGACCUACAUAUACACUGA